CCCCUACACCCCUGAGAAGCAAGAGAACAUGGCCGCCCUAGUGAUAGAAAACAAAGAGAGGAAGGAGCUCGAGAAGCAGGCGAAGCUAAAGGCAAUCGCAGAGGAGCAGGCGGCAAAGAUGAAGAAGUUGGAGGAGGAGAUGAAGAGAGUUCAGCAGGAGGAGGAAGAGAGGAGAAAGGCUGCUGAAGAAGAAGCAGCAGAAGAAGAAGCAAAAGAGAGGAUGCGUAUUGAGAGUAGAGACGGGAGCAGUGGCACGGAAAAGGAUGAAGACGCAGAGAUGGAGAAAAAGAUAAGUGAGUGGGUCGCUAAUUUAUCAUUGGGGGAAGACGAGGAGGCGGAGUCGUAUGUGCCUCAGGAUGAGAGAGAUGCGUUAGCCAGAGAGCUAAUGGCAAUGGAGGACCCCAUGGAACGGCGAGAAAGACAAGAGGAGCAGAAGUUGGAAUGGAAAUUGAGAAUGAAGAGGGAGAAGAAGAGAAGGAGGGAGGAAGUCACUAGGCUGACCGCAGAGGUGGCAAAGGUGAAGGACUGUAGGCAAGAAGUGGAGGCCCAGGCAGACGACAAGGCCAAAUGGGAUAAGGUGUUGGGGUACCUGGAGGUGUUGAGCGCAGCGUGGAUGGAGGAGCGCCAAGCCAGUUGGGGUCAAGAGGUAGCCUUGAGUGCCAUGUGGUCGGGGUUUAGGGACUUUGCGCGCGAUAUGGUUACCCACGUUGGGGGAGAAGUCAGGAAGUUGAGAGACAACGUGGGAAAGUUCUGCGAAGGUGCCAUUGAAGGUGCCAAAGCGAUAACCACUGUAGAGAGCGAGGCCAGACCCCGUAAAGCUCAAGCUGCUAAAGAAAGAGGCAAUCUGGCAAUGGGACAAAGACUGUACGUCUGCGCUAAAGUAGCCGAUCCGUCUUUGCCAUUCGUCGUCACCACGGACGUGAGUCAAUAUGGGAUAGGCGCCGUGUUGCAGCAAGACGACGGCAAUGGCUACAGACCCGUAGAGUUCAUGUCAGCGAGGAUGCCCUCAGAGAAGGUUGCUACCUCGACGUACGAGAGAGACCUCUACGCUCUCAGGCAGGCCUUAGAGCAUUGGAAGCAUUACUUGCUUGGGAGGCACUUCGAAGUGUAUUCUGACCAUGAGACGCUUCGAUGGUUAAAGACUCAGGCCAAGAUGACACCUAAGCUAACUAGGUUGGCCGCUGAAAUCGAUCAAUAUGACUUUGAGCUCAAGCCAGUGAAGCGCAAGUACAACGUAGUUGCGGAUGCUCUGAGUAGAAGAUCAGACUACUUUGGAGCCAUUGUGCACUAUCUGGAUAUAGGGAGUGACCUGCAGCAGAGAGUAAAGCAAGCGUAUGCUCAGGACCCUAUCUACAGUGACCUCCUCAAGAGGGUUAAGGAGGCCCCAGAAACCGAACCACAGUACCGCACUACAGAAGGAUUGAUGUUUGAGAAGACAAAUGUAUUCGACCGCCUGUGCGUUCCCAAUAGUGAGGAAAUCCGCAGUUUGAUCCUAGGGGAAUGCCAUGACACAGAGGGACACUUUGGUUGGCAAAAGACACUAGCCAAUCUGAUGCGUGCGUACACCUGGCCAGGGAUGAAGAAUGACUGCAUAGAAUAUGUUCGCAGUUGCAAAGUUUGCCAGAGGAAUAAGACUACUACACGCGUGCCCCUAGGUCUCCUCAAACCGCUGCCUAUUCCUGAUCAGCCUGGAGACUCAGUGUCCAUAGACUUCAUGGAUACUCAAGUCAAGAGUAGGCAUGGCAAGAGCUAAGUCAUGGUCAUAGUUGACCAUUUUAGCAAGUAUGCCGUUUUUGUUCCUUUGCCUGCAGAGGCACACAUAGAAUUAGCUAUCCAGAAGUUUUUUUAUCAUUGGGUUAGUGAGAACGGAAUCCCAUUAUCCAUAGUUAGCGAUAGAGAUAGUCGUUUCACCAGCCAGAACUGGCAAGAACUCAUGAGAGUUUACGGAUCUAAUUUGUUAAUGUCGUCUGGCCGCCAUCCAGAGACCAACGGCCAGACAGAACAGAUGAACAAGAUCCUACAGCAAGUUCUGCGCAUGUACAUUAGACCAGAUCAAAUCAACUGGAUGAGAUGUU